AUGACCAACUCACAAUUCUCGUCGCUCAUCAAGCCCGUGGCAGAGGCCGUUCCUGCCAUUCCUCCCAAGAUUGAAGGAACUGUGCUUGACCGUUUCCAGAUGAAAGGAAAAGUCACCGUCAUCACUGGUGCUGGCGGUGCCAUUGGUGGUGCUGUUGCCGAAGGCUUUGCCCAGGCCGGCUCGGAUGUGGCCAUCAUGGACUUCAAGUUCGAUCCUGCGUUUGAUAAGCAUUUGCUGAGCACAUACGGAAUCAGAGCAAAGUCAUAUCCUGUGGAUGUUACCGACUACGAGCAAGUGGAAAAUGUCAUCAAGUCCAUUGAGGCCGAUUUCGGAACCAUCGACACUUUCAUCGCUAACGCCGGUGUGGCAUGGACCACCGGUUCCAUCUUGAAGCCUGAGAGUACCGUGGAGCUGUGGAGACGUCUUUUUGACGUCAACGUCCACGGUGUGUUCAACUGCGCUAAGGUUGUGGGUGAGAUUUUCCAAAAGAAGGGUAACGGUUCGUUGAUCAUGACUGCUUCCAUGAGUGGCCACAUUGUCAAUGUUCCAAACUACCAGACCUGUUACAACGCCUCCAAGGCUGCUGUGUUGCACAUGUCUAAGUCCUUGGCUGUGGAGUUUGCUGGCUUUUGCCGUGUGAACACCGUUUCUCCGGGCUACACUGAUACACCUUUGUCCUCGUUUGUUCCUACUGAGCAGAGAGCCAAAUGGUGGGGCUUGACGCCUCUUGGCCGUGAGGCUCUCCCAGAGGAAUUGGUGGGUGCAUACUUGUACUUGGCCAGUGACUUGUCGACUUUCACGACUGGUUCUGAUAUUAGAGUUGAUGGUGGCUACUGCUCUGUUUAA